UUCAAAUCUAGGCGGACAACAAUAAACGUUUAACACUUAAAAGUGUAAAGUAGUCCAUCUAGGUCAUGUUGCAGACUUCGCAUUCUAAAGGUGAUCCACUCCCAUUAGAUACGGAAGCUAUUUAAGCGAAAGCUUAUCUAUUCCGUCCAGAACCAUUUUAAACCACUUGAAUUGUUGGCGCUAUACUGUAUUGCUACGUUACAUGUUCUUACUUUCAGUGGUGUAAUCGGUGUUUGUGGCUACGCUACUGUAUUAUGAUUGACGACAUAGCUAAGAUUAUUCCUCAGUUAACACAUGGUCUUCAUAAAGGUCAAAUGGGAAGAAUUGCUGUAGUAGGAGGAUCAAAAGAGUCAGUUCAUGCAUGUAUUGUUGAUAGUUAGCAGAUAUACUGGAGCACCAUACUUUUCCGCUAUUAGUGCUUUGCAUUGUGGUGCUGAUUUAGUUCAUGUAGUAUGUUCUGCUUCUUCCUCUCCUGUUAUCAAGUCAUAUAGUCCCGAAUUGAUCGUUCAUCCUGUUCUGGAUGGAGUUCUAGCAGAAGCGACCAAAUGUAUGGACAGAGUUCAUGCAAUUACAUUUGGACCUGGUCUGGGACUAACAGAAAAUGUUGAAAAUACUACAAAACUGAUAGAUUAUUGCAAGCAUUCUAACAAGCCUAUUGUCAUUGAUGCUGAUGCUUUGCACAUCGUUACUCAAAAUCCAUCACUCAUAGAAGGUUAUGAUAAAACUAUUCUUACUCCAAACACUGUUGAGUUUUCAAGAUUAUAUUACUCUGUGUUUUCGUCUCAACCAUAUGAUACCAAAGAUGCGACAAGAUCUCUUGCUGAAAAACUUGGUGUCACCAUUGUCCAUAAAGGUCCUACAGAUAUUAUAUCAAAUGGUCAAACAACUGUAGAGUGUGUGGAUCAAGGAUCACCCCGCAGAUGCGGUGGACAGGGCGAUGUUCUAUCUGGUACAAUGUCAGUCUUCAACUACUGGUUUCACCAAGUUAAGGAUAACAAUCCGAAUCUACUGUUUACAGCUACUAUUGGAGCUGCAUUUGCAGCUUGUUCUCUUACACGAAGAUGUUCACAAUUGGCAUACGCUAAAUACGGUCGUUCUAUGAUAACUACGCAAAUGUUGCCAGAAAUACAUAAUGCAUUCGAACAACUAUUCGCUAAAACACCAAUCGCAUGAAGCAAAAUACCACGCUUUUUUGUAUUCUUAACAAACCUGAUUGAGUUGUUUUCAUCAAAUACGUAUUAAAUUUGUACUGAAAUUGACUAACAAGUCCC